AUGUCCACAAGCCUAGGGUCACUGAUUCCUUUCAUGAAAGAGGGAAAAGUCCCCAUGUUCAUAGACAACAAGUUUGUUACGAGCAAAACAAACAUCGCCGAUAAGGAUCGGGUUCACCUCGUACACUGCCCGUCAACCAACAUGAGCCUGGCUAAAAGGAAGAAGUUUCUACUCUCCUUCUUGCACGCAUUGGAAAACGGACAGGAAGACCUUGCUAACAUCAUCACACGAGAACAUGGGAAGACGCUUUGCGAUGCACGAGGUGAAGUCAGGCGUGGAAUCGAAGCUGUAGAAGAGACGUUAUCAGCUUCUUCUUUCCUGCGAGGCGAUAAUUUGCAUGACAUAGCAGAGGGUAUGGACUGCUUCACAUACAAGCUCCCACUUGGCGUCUGCUCCGGCAUCACACCUUUCAAUUUCCCCGCCAUGAUUCCACUAUGGAUGUUUCCAAUCGCCUGUUUAGCUGGAAACACAUUCUUGCUAAAGCCGUCCGAAAGGACUCCGCUGGCGGCAACAAAGCUCAUGAGUUUCGUUCAAGAAGCUGGCUGGCCGAAAGGUGUUGUUAACGUUGUGGCGAACAUAUUUACAAGCUGUGCGGAGAGUCCGGGAAACGCGCUCAAUGCAACAUGGGGGCGAAAAACCAUGCAGUUGUCAUGCCAGGAAGAAGCUCUCAAUGGAGUUGUAACUGCGGCUUUCGGCGAAGCAGGCCAGCGCUGCAUGUCCAUUUCAGUGGUGCUAUUGGUUGGCGACGCCGGAAACUGGUUGGAAGACCUCCUCCUCCGUGCAAUUGGCGCCGGCAACGACCCGAGCGUCAAAGUUGGGCCGUUGAUUUCCAAGGAAUCGAAGCUUCGAGUCAAGGCGGCGGUGAAGCAGAGCAUUCGCGAGGGCGCAAAGCUGGUCCUCGACGGCCUUCAUCCGGUCGUAGAAGGCCUCCCCAACGGCAACUUUCUUGGUCCGACAGUACUUGAGAUUCCUCAUCUGGACAUCACCGCCUACAAGGAGGAACUUUUCGGGCCGGUUCUAUGCGUUAAGAAGGUCAAUUCUCUUCAACAGGCGGUGGACCUCGUGAACACCAACAAAUAUCUUCUUGAGUAG